GCGCGCGUGGCAGCUCCGCUCGUGGGUCCGCGCCGACUGCGGGAUGAGAACCCCGCGGGCGGCCCCACCGCCGCUGCUGCUGCUGCUGCUGCUGCUCGGCCCCGCGGCGCGGGCGGCUCCCAGGGAUGGGGCGAUGCGAUCCGAGCCCCUCGCGGCCGCGGGGACGGAUCCCGGCCCCGACCCGCUGAGCCCGGAGCCCCUCGCUCUGCAGUUGCUGCGCAGCGCUGUGCGGAGUUUGGGACCACCGCAGCGGGACGCGGACGAGAUGACGCGGGAGCAGGCUCUGCUCUUCCUCUUCGCGUUGCACGACCACGACCGGAGCGGGCAGCUGGACGGGCUGGAGCUGCUGCAGCUGUUGGGGGCGGUGCUGACCCAGGGGGGCGCGGGGCGGCCCAGCCCCGAGGCGGUGGCCGCGCUGGUGGACGGCGCUCUGGAGCAGCGAGACCGCGGCGGAGACGGGCUGCUGGACCCCUCCGAGCUGCUGCUGCCCGCCCCGGCACGGGGACCCGCGCGGGGGGGCGGCCCUGACCUCGAGGGGACGGAGGGGGGACACAUUAGGGAAGAGGAGAGGAUGCCCACGGUGGGGGAGGAGACGCCGGGGGGGGACGCGGGGGCGAGUAGCCCCCCAGAGGGGCAGGGCCUGCAGGGGGAUGGCGGCAUCCAGGCAGAGGGGCAGGGAAUCCCAGGGGCCGGAGCCCCUCUGGAGGAGGAGGCGGCGGUGGAAUUGGAGGCGGCCAUCGAGGACAGAGACCCCCUCGUUGACCGCCCCGAGACGCCGGCAGCCCCGGCCUGGGAGGAUCCCGGGGAGAUGUAGGCUUGGGGGGGGGGGGCUGCGGGCGGUUCCCUGCCCCAUGGCUGUGGGGGCCUCCCCCGCUGCAACGGGCCCGGGGGGAAAGGUUCGGGACACGCGAGUUCGCGCUGUAACGUGGGUCGAGGAAUACAGCCGCUGCCGCCCACAA